GUGGGCAACUCCACCUCUCAAAAUAUCAAAAGGAUCACUCUAUAAAUAGAUAUAUUCUGUAGCAAUUAGCAUAGAGAUCCAUACAGGCAGGGGCAGCCAGAGAAGAUAUAAUACAAGGAUGGAAUUGGGUGGUGGAUUUGUUUUGUGCGUGGUGCUGCUGGCCGCGGUCGUCGGAAGAGCUAACGCCGCCAUUUAUAAUGUCGGAGAUAAUCUAGGAUGGAAUGUUCCCAGUAGCGUCGAUGAGUACUCCAGUUGGGCUAGUCGCCAUGUUUUUACACGUGGAGAUGUUCUCACGUUCAAUUUCGAGACAGAGAAACAUGAUGUGGCAGAAGUGAGAAAGGAAGAGUACGAUGAGUGCAGCUCCAACGACCCCAUUGAGAAGUCUAACUCUGCGCCGUGGAACACGACUCUCAACUCCACCGGAGAACACUACUACAUUUGUACCGUUGGCAGUGACUGCUCCUCCGGCCAGAAGUUGGCUAUCAACGUCGCUGCCCCUUCUCCGACAACUCCUCCUUCCCCCCCUAUGCUCCCAACCCCGCGUCUAGGAAACUCCGCUACGCUUCCAACUCUCAGUGCUACCUUGGCGGUGCUAGUCUCAGUUGCCUUUGCGGUCAUCAUGUAGAUUUGUUUGUCGUUUACAUGAUUUGUUUGGCAGCUGUACAACUGUUAGUUUUGGCAUUUAUAAUGUUGUUAUCCAUGAUUUGUGAUACUAGCCCAUGUCCACAGGACCACUCUCUUGAUUUCAUUACUCUUGCAUUUGGGAGAUAUGUUCGUGUAUGUCGUUGUGUACUUAAUAAAAUUCGUUGGCUUUACUGUGUAAA